AUGGCUAAGAUUGAGAAUUCUUGUGCCACUCAACUUAUUGAUGGAGAUGGUACAUUCAAUGUUGCUGGUAUUGAAAACUUCAUGAAGGAGGUUAAAUUAGGCGAAUGCGGGCUUUCCUAUGCCGUGGUUUCUAUCAUGGGUCCACAAAGUAGUGGCAAGAGCACCCUAUUAAAUAAUUUGUUUCUUACCAACUUCAGAGAGAUGGAUGCAUUCAGGGGAAGGUCUCAAACAACCAAAGGAAUUUGGAUGGCUGGAUGUAUUGGUAUAGAGCCUUGUACACUUGUGAUGGAUUUGGAGGGUACAGAUGGAAGAGAACGUGGAGAGGAUGAUACUGCAUUUGAAAAGCAGAGUGCUCUAUUUGCUUUGGCUGUUUCUGAUAUAGUGCUAAUAAACAUGUGGUGUCAUGACAUUGGCCGUGAGCAAGCUGCAAAUAAGCCUCUUUUAAAAACUGUGUUUCAGGUAAUGAUGAGAUUGUUUAGUCCGCGCAAAACAACAUUGCUGUUUGUCAUACGUGAUAAAACAAAGACACCACUUGAAAAUUUAGAGCCUGUUUUGCGAGAAGAUAUUCAAAAGAUAUGGGACUCUGUUCCUAAGCCACAGGCCCAUAAGGAAACCCCACUAAGUGAAUUUUUCAAUGUUGAAGUUGUUGCUCUUUCUAGUUAUGAAGAAAAGGAAGAGCAAUUUAAGGAGCAGGUUGCAAGCUUGAGGCAACGAUUCUAUCAUUCCAUCGCUCCUGGUGGGCUUGCGGGGGAUCGACGUGGAGUAGUUCCUGCUUCAGGCUUUUCUUUUAGUGCUCAGCAAAUAUGGAAAGUCAUCAAGGAGAACAGGGAUCUCGACCUUCCUGCACACAAGGUCAUGGUUGCUACUGUACGGUGUGAAGAAAUUGCCAAUGAGAAAUAUGCCCUUUUUGCUGCAAAUGAGGACUGGUGUCAGUUGGAAGAGGCUGUGCAAUCUGGACCUGUUUCUGGAUUUGGGAAAAAGCUCAAUGCACUCCUCGAUGCUUGUCUUUCAGAGUAUGAUGUUGAAGCCACUUAUUUUGAUGAAGGUGUGAGAUCUGCUAAACAAAAGCAGCUUCACGAAAAAUUGUUGCAACUCGUCCAACCAGCUUUCCAAAUUGCACUGGGACAUAUUAGGUCUGGAAUUUUGGAUAAGUUCAAGGAAGCAUUUGACAAGGCUUUGAAUGGAGGUGAAGGAUUUUCUGCUGCUUCUGAUAAUUGCAUAAGGUCGUCUAUGGCUCAGUUUGAUGAAGGAUGUGCAGAUGUUGUUAUUGAAAUAGCAAAUUGGGAUACAUCUAAAGUCAGGGAGGAACUGCAGCGUGAUAUUGAUGCACAUGUUGCAUCUGUACGUGCAGCCAAGAUAUCAGAGCUUACUUCCUCAUAUGAGGAAAAACUGAAGGAGGCCUUGUCUGGACCUGUUGUAACUCUUUUGGAUGGAGCUAAUGGUGAUACUUGGCCAUCAAUAAGGAAACUUCUUAAUCGUGAGACAGAAUCAGCUGUUUCUGGGUUCUCUGCUUCACUUGGCAGAUUUGAUAUGGAUGAACAAACAAGAAAGAACAUGAUUGUGAGUUUACUGGAUUAUGGUAAGGGUGUGAUAGAAGCAAAGACUAGGGAAGAAGCUGGAAGAGUUGUAAUCCGUAUGAAGGACAGGUUUAUGACAAUAUUUAGUCAUGAUUCUGAUUCAAUGCCUCGUAUUUGGACGGGAAAGGAAGAUAUUCGAGCCAUUACCAAGACUGCCCGCUCUGCAUCUUUGAAGUUGCUGUCUGUAAUGGCUGUAAUUCGUUUGGAUGAAGAUGAUGAUCCCGAUAACAUCGAGAAAACAUUAACAAUUGCAUUGGUGGAUUCAUCAAGCAGUUCUGUUAAAGAUAGGAGCAUCGCAGCAGCUGAUCCACUGGCUUCGAGCACUUGGGAACAGGUACCAUCCUCUAAAACAUUGAUCACACCUGUCCAGUGCAAAUCUUUGUGGAGGCAAUUCAAGAUGGAGACAGAAUUUAGUGUCUCUCAAGCCAUUUCUGCACAGGAGGCUAACAAUCGUAAUAGCAAUUGGUUACCCCCACCAUGGGCAAUCGUUGCUUUGGUUAUUCUGGGAUUUAAUGAAUUUAUGACACUUCUAAGAAAUCCCUUGUAUUUGGGUGUCAUCUUUGUUGGUUUUCUUCUCAUUAAAGCCCUUUGGGCGCAGCUUGACAUUAAGGGUGAAUUUCGCCAUGGAGCUCUUCCGGGAAUCAUAUCCUUGUCUACCAAGUUUAUUCCAACCAUCAUGAACCUUAUAAAAAAACUAGCAGAUGAGGGACAUAGCCCUGCAACGAACAACCCUCGGAGAAAUCAAAGCAAUCACAAUGCUGUUGCUGCAGGUAGUGCUAUGUCAUCUAGUGCUUCAUCUGAUGUAACUUCAUUGGACAAUGGAACCGAGUAUACCAGUCCAUCAAAAUAUGAGUAG